AUGGACUACACCAACGGCACCGCCGGCGCCAACGUGUCGACCUCGACCAACGGAUCCUCGGUUGCCUCUGGCUCGUCCACUCGCUCCAGCUCUUCCCAGACCGGCUCUGCUACAGGCAGCAGCGGUUCCAAGACCAACGGUGCUGCCAGCUCGACCUCAAGCGCUGCUGUUAGCACUGGCGCCGCUUCUCAGAUCAUGGCCAAUGGCGCUCUUGCUGCUGUCCUCGGUGGUAUUGCUGCCUUUGCCCUCUAA